GGUCUUGUUGCUGUUGUACAAAUCUCAGUCUGACUCGAAAGACACCUAUCCGCAAUACAUCUCGAAACCCUCUUGGAUCAAGCCUGUCGAGACCACCGCGCUCCUCGUUUCCUCAUUGCGCAACAAGCCGCAGAAGAGGGAGACCCAGCAUGAGAUCAAGCAAGCCGCCCAGGUGUGAACUCUACGACAGUUUCACACAUACACCUCUCACAUACUACUACGCCUAAGUCUUUGGCAGCCGGGACCUUGGUGGCUCUGGAAUUGGUCAUUUCCAAGCCCACGAUCUACGAAAUCGGACAUAUGUUGCUGGGUCUUGGCUUGUAUGAAGUUGUUUUGGUGAUGUUUUAUGGUUUCAUUGGAAAGAAGGCUGCCAGCCGGCAAUAAGAGGUACUAGAGGACUUACGGAGGUUUUGACGCUUGUUGGCUGUCUCCUCUCGAUAAAAAAUGUAAAACAGAUCGAGAACAACACCAAAGCAAACAAGAAAGCAACAAUUAUAUGCCCGACUUUACUUUUUGGUGAAGUGCUGCUUGGCUCAAGGGGCAGAGGCUCGGGUUUGCAUCAUCUAUAGGUGAUCUUUGACUAUCGACACGAGAAUAGGCGACGCUGAGAACGAGACAGCUGUCGAUUCAAGAGACCAAAGGCAUGUAUCCUUACGCUGAGCAGCCUUCCAGGGCACUACAUACAUCACAGUCUGACGCACUGAAUGGUUAUAUAUUGUAUGCAACGUGAGAACAGACUAAAAGAAAGAGAUGAUAGGCGCAGCGGUGACAUCACCAAACAGCCCGGAUCCGCGAUGUCAAGUCGUCCAAAAGUUCUUUCCAUCGAUUUUAAUCUGUUCUCCGACCACAAUUUCGCCUUCAAUAACCAUGUCGGGCAUACUGAACAGGGCGAUCAAUGUGUACGCCAUCCCACAAGACCUCCUCGACUCGCUCGCAGUCCGGUCCAUCGAAGCCGAUCCCAUCACUCAAGAAGAGCCACUCCCUGCUCCCGCCCCGCCACAGCCUCUCGGCACUGGAAUAUUCUGCCAGACCUGUCCUCACGCCGAGUUUGAGACUGUAGAAGAUCAGAGGGCCCAUUUCAAGAGCGAUUGGCAUAGGUAUAAUGCCAAGGUGAAGCUGAAAGGAGGUGGAAAGGUAGUGGGCUUUGAAGAAUGGGGUAACCUCGUGGAAGGUGUGAGCUCUAUCUCAGGAAGUGCUUCCUCCACAUCAGGAUCGGAACAAUCCAAGGUCGCUCGACUGCUGAACAAGCACACCCUUCAUCCCUCUGAGGACGGUUCUUCUGAAGCCGCCGAACUCGCUGAUCGUCAACGGCGAGCCCAUCUUCGAACAGCCAUCAUCUGGUUCUCCCCUACUUCCCCCCUCCCAUCCCUCUCCAUCCCCAAAGAUACCCAAUUUGGUAUUCACCGUGCAUUGUUCCCGCCUUAUGACAAAGCGGGUGAUUAUCUGGAAGAGCUUAAGAGGAUGCAGCUUGGUUCGGAAAUGAGCAAGGCGGUAGAGCCGGAGCAAGAGGGAGAGAGGAGGAUUGUCUUGUUGAUGGUAGCUGGAGGACACUUUGCGGGAAUGGUAGUCGGCUUGCGCCCGAGGGGCAAGAUGGAGAAGCAGGAGGUCAAGGGGGCAGGCGAUGUGCGCGUUAUCAAGCACAAGACGUUCCAUCGAUACACCAGUAUGUCUCAUUUCCAUUCAGGUGAUUUGAACUAACGGAGUGUAGCCCGAAAGAAGCAAGGUGGUUCGCAAGCCCUCAACGACAAUGCCAAGUCCAAGGCCGUUUCUGCGGGUGCCAUGCUUCGUCGUUACGGCGAGACCGCUCUUCAAGAGGAGAUCCGCGCCCUGAUGAUUGACUGGGCAGAGGAUCUCGAGGCAUCUGAACGAAUCUUCAUCCGCGCGAGUACCCAUGGCAAGAAGAGCUUUUGGGGCUACGAAGGUGCUGUGUUGGACAAGGGAGAUGAACGAAUUAGGACUUUCCCGUUCCCAACGAGAAGGCCGACAUUGCAGGAGCUCUUGAGGUGUUGGCACGAGUUGACGAGGGUCAGGGUCUCGCAUCUGAGCGAAGGGGCGUUGAAGGAGCUGGACGAUGCAUACAUCGCUUCGCUCCAGCCCAAGACACAGACGAAAGCCAAGCCUCAGGCUUUGCCAGAGAAGAAGGCUGAGCCCACGACGCCAAAGUUGACGGAAGAGGAAGAAGCGAGGGUAGACAGGGUCAAGAGGCUGGAAGAGAUGGUGAAGAAGGGGCGGAUCAACGCUCUUAGGUCAUUCUGGGAGAAGCACUCUACCGAGUUCUUGUCCCUCUCACCACCCGGCGCCCCGGUACUGGAGGCGGAUGCCCAAUCCGCACUCACCCAGUCCUCCCUCCUCGCCCUCGCCUCAUCUGCUGGGCAGAACGAGGUCCUCACCUACCUGCUCUCCGACCUUCACUUCAACCCCACCAUCCCCUCUCCCUCAGACCCCACUAAACGCCCCUACGACCUCUCUGCCACCAAGGCCACUCGAGACAUCUAUCGCCGAGUGGCGUAUGACAAUCCCGAGCUGUGGGAUUGGAAACUUGCCCGCGUGCCCGAAGGGCUGAGUGAGGAGCAAGAGGCGGAGCAAAAGGAGAAGAAGGCGGGCAGGAGAAAGGGGUUGAAGGACAAGCUGAAGGAGAGGGAGAAGACUAGACAAGAAACGGCAGCGAAGGAAGAAAAGGAAGAAGAGGAGAGGAGGCUAAAGAAGGAAAAGGAAGAGAGGGAGAAGCCGACGAGGAUGGGUGCCAAGGGACCGCAGAAGCUGGGGAGUGCGGGCACUGGCAGUGAAGGGUUGGCGGGGUUGAGCCCAGAGAUGAGGCAGCAGAUCGAGAGGGAACGGCGUGCACGAGCCGCCGAGGCGCGCUUUGGCAGAGGAUAGAAUCGUAGAGUUAUAUAUUGU